AUGAAGCUCAUUCACCUCGUCUCCCUGCUCGCGGCGGCUCCGUCCGUUUACGCCCAGGUCAAAGGCAAAGCCUUCGGGUUUGCAGCCGGUACUACGGGCGGUGGCAGUGCGACUCCUGUCUACCCAAAGACCAACGCCGAACUUGUAUCGUACCUCAGCGACAGCAGUGCACGUGUUAUCAUGAUCGAUCACACUUUUGACUUCCUCCAAACCGAGGGAAGCACUACCACAAAUUGCUGCAGCGACGACCGUACUACCAAGUGCCCUGGCGGAACCUCCAAAGGCCAACUAUGGAUCCAGACCACAUGCACCAGUGGCACGUGGGAGUCUUGCACGUACUGGAAUGCCCCAAAGACGGCCCUGAAAGUGGGCAGCAACAAGUCUAUCGUGGGUGUUGGAUCCAAGGGAGUUAUUCGCGGAAAGGGUCUUCGCCUCAUCAGUGGUGUCAGCAACGUCAUCAUCCAGAACAUCCACUUUACGGAACUGAACCCCCAAUUUGUUUGGGGUGGCGACGCCAUCACUCUGGAUGGCUGUGACAAGGUUUGGAUUGAUCACAACAAAUUCUCCCUCAUCGGUAGGCAGAUGAUUGUGUCUGGCUGGGGCGUUGCAGGCCAUGUCACCAUCUCCGAUAACGAAUUUGAUGGCAAGUCGACGUGGUCAGCCGGCUGCAAUGGCAAGCAUUACUGGACCAUGUUGCUUCUUGGUGAGAAGGAUUUCUACACUAUUGCUGGUAAUUGGUUCCACGAUGUGUCUGGCCGUACACCCCACAUUGGCACCGACUAUACCUCUUCUAAGAUUGUUGUCCAUGCUGUCAACAACUACUUCCAGAACGUCGGUGGCCACUGCUUCGAUAUCGACACCAACACGAACCUGCUGAUCGAGGGCAACUACUUUGACACCGUCACUACCCCCAUCACUACUGGGUCUUACACUGCUGGCGGCCAGGUUUACUUUAUCCAGACCGUUGCCGACGCAUCUAAUGCUCAAAGCGCUCUGGGCUACAUUCCUGAAUGGAACCGUGCCGUCAACUCGGGCGCUUCAAACAGCAUUGUUUCGAAGACCGCGCUCAGCACCCUCGGCCAAUACAAGAGCAACAUCCAAUGGUCGCACUGGAAGGUUGAGAACGUGCCAACCAAUGUUAAGGCUGGUGCUGGUAUUGGCAAGAUCUAA